GAGAGGGAGAGAGGGAGAGAGAGAGAUGGAGCAGCAGACCAGGUUUAUAUAGCAGUGGGUGUGCGCACACAUCGUAGUCACUUCAUUACCACUGUGGCGCUCUGUGCAGCUCAAGUUGAAGGCUACCGCUCUUUACCGCGACACUUUGAGAGAAAGCUAAGCUGCCUUUUGAAAGACAAGCAAUGAAUUAUUUAAACGCAUGAACUACAGCAGUCUCCAUUUAUCACGCGGCUAAACCUGCAGAAACGUAGAUAUUAGUGAGCGAAACAUAUUGUUGAGCGAAGAGUAGCGCACGACGCGUAGGGGACGCACCAUGCACUGUCAAGCCGAGUUGAGGCUCUCCUCUCCGGGGCAGCUGAAGGCUGCCAGGCGGCGCUACAAGACUUUCAUGAUUGACGAGAUCCUCUCCAAGGAGACUUGUGAUUAUUUUGAGAAACUUUCUCUGUACUCGGUGUGCCCUUCUCUCAUUGUACGACCGAAGCCUCUCCAUUCGUGUUCAGGCUCCUCGUCACUACGUGCCUACCCCCUCCUCUCAGUGAUCACACGGCAGCCCCCUCACCUCCCCCAGGGGUCAUCUUCUUCAGGCGGGGUCCCCUCGCAUCUGCCCCUGCUCUCCCCGCAGCAUCCGCGAGGCUCCGAGCCUUCCCCCAGCCAGACGCCUCUCAGCAUCAGCAGCGAGUCGGAAACGGAGCGCAGCACGCCCCGCCUGAAGAAGCCACGCCGCAGUCGUACCAUCUUCACCGAGCUGCAGCUGAUGGGCCUGGAGAAGAAGUUCCAGAAGCAGAAGUACCUGUCCACACCUGAUAGGUUAGACCUGGCCCAGUCACUUGGACUCACACAGCUCCAGGUGAAGACAUGGUACCAGAACAGGCGUAUGAAGUGGAAGAAAAUGGUGCUCAAAGGAGGUCACGAGGCCCCGACUAAGCCCAAGGGAAGACCCAAGAAGAACUCCAUCCCCACCACAGAGGAAAUAGAGGCUGAAGAGCGAAGGUUGAAGAUGGAGGCAGAGGAGAGGAUGAAGAGGGCGGCCGAGAAAGCGGCGCUGGGUCAGGGAGAAGAGGCAUCUCAGCUCGAACCUGAAGAUCUCAGUUCAGAAACUCAAAAUGCGGCCGCAGCGAUGGAGGGAUCUGAGCGAGAGCUGCCGCUCCUGAUGCAGUCAGAAACUCACGCAGCCAGCUAAGCGAGAACGAAACAAAGACUCAUGUCAGCCUGAAAACAAAUAGUGCCUCAGGAUCACUGUAAAAAGCCUGUGUGGUGUUUA